GCUGGCCGGCUCGGGACUAGGAGGUCAUACAUAAUUCAAUAGCUCAACUUUCGGGCCCGCCUCUUUCCUGGGGGUGGGAGUUUGCUCCAAACUUUGUUUAUGGGACAGUCCGGGGAGCUGCUGCGGCCGCGCUGUCUGCUUCUCCUGCGCCUCCUUCUCUCCGAGCGCAAGCGCCUGAGGCCAGCUCGGGGGAUGUGAGAGCCGAAGUCCCUAGGCUGCCAGGCACCGAGUCUGGUUGGAAUUUGUCAGCCUAGCCUCGGCUCCAGCUGCGCAAUCUCGGGACUCACCCGAGCGACCCAGGCCCGACGGCAAGUUCGGGCGGGACGGCGGCCGCGGUGCGCUUAGGCUGAGCUUCGCUGCCCGCCCAGAAGAUGAAUCCGGCCUCGGCGCCCCCUCCGCUCCCGCCGCCUGGGCAGCAAGUGAUCCACGUCACGCAGGACCUAGACACAGACCUCGAAGCCCUCUUCAACUCUGUCAUGAACCCGAAGCCUAGCUCGUGGCGGAAGAAGAUCCUGCCGGAGUCCUUCUUCAAGGAGCCUGACUCGGGCUCGCACUCGCGCCAGUCUAGCACCGACUCGUCGGGCGGCCACCCAGGGCCUCGGCUGGUCGGGGGUGCCCAGCAUGUACGCUCGCACUCGUCGCCCGCGUCCCUGCAGCUGGGCACUGGCGCGGGCGCUGCGGCUAGCCCCGCGCAGCAGCACGCGCACCUCCGCCAGCAGUCCUACGACGUGACCGACGAGCUGCCGCUGCCCCCGGGCUGGGAGAUGACCUUCACCGCCACUGGCCAGAGGUACUUCCUCAAUCACAUAGAAAAAAUCACCACAUGGCAAGACCCUAGGAAGGCGAUGAAUCAGCCCUUGAAUCAUAUGAACCUCCACCCUGCUGUCGGUUCCACACCAGUGCCUCAGAGGUCCAUGGCAGUAUCUCAGCCAAAUCUCGUGAUGAAUCACCAACACCAGCAGCAGAUGGCCCCCAGUACCCUGAGCCAGCAGAACCACCCCACUCAGAACCCACCCGCAGGGCUCAUGAGUAUGCCCAAUGCGCUGACUACUCAGCAGCAGCAGCAGCAGAAACUGCGGCUUCAGAGAAUCCAGAUGGAGAGAGAAAGGAUUCGAAUGCGCCAAGAGGAGCUCAUGAGGCAGGAAGCUGCCCUCUGUCGACAGCUCCCCAUGGAAGCUGAGACUCUUGCCCCAGUUCAGGCUGCUGUCAAUCCGCCCGCCAUGACCCCAGACAUGAGAUCCAUCACUAAUAACAGCUCAGAUCCUUUCCUCAAUGGAGGACCAUAUCAUUCAAGGGAGCAGAGCACUGACAGUGGCCUGGGGUUAGGGUGCUACAGUGUCCCCACAACUCCAGAGGACUUCCUCAGCAAUGUGGAUGAGAUGGAUACAGGAGAAAAUGCAGGACAAACACCCAUGAACAUCAACCCCCAACAGACCCGUUUCCCUGAUUUCCUUGACUGUCUUCCAGGAACAAACGUUGACCUAGGAACUUUGGAAUCUGAAGACCUGAUGCCCCUCUUCAAUGAUGUAGAGUCUGCUCUGAACAAAAGUGAGCCCUUUCUAACCUGGCUGUAAUAACUACCAUUGUAACUUGGAUGUAGCCAUGACCUUACAUUUCCUGGGCCUCUUGGUAAAGGUGAUGGAGCAGAGCAAGUCUGCAGGUACAUCGCUUUCUGCCUCCAUGACUCGUGCUCCCUCCUUUUAUGUUGCCAGUUUCAUCAUUGCCUGGUUUCCAUUGAGAGUAACUUAAGUUAAACAUAAAUAAAUAUUCUAUUUUCAUUUUCUGCAAGCCUGCAUUCUUGUGACAGAUUAUACAGAAUUGUGUCUACAGGAUUAUGCAGAAUACUUUUCUCUUUCUUCUCUUCUGCCCCAUGGCUAAGCUUUAUGGGUGUUAAUUGAAAUUUAUACAUCAACUGAUUUUAAACCAUAAAAAGCUGACCACAGGCAGUUAACUCUGAGGGCAGCUUGGUCCAGGAAAUGUGCACAAAAUUAGACCUGAUUUACUGUUUCAAAAACUGUAUUGAUGACAGUAGUACCCAAUGCUUUAAAAACUAUUUAACUUGAGCUUUAAAAAUCAUUGUAUGGAUAGUAAAAUUCUACUGUAUGGAAUACAAUGUAAUUUUGAAUCCA